AUGGGAAACCUUCUGUCAUCCUGCUUCGAGAAGAAGAAGGAACGCAGAAUCGAGGUAUAUGACCCCCACCCCUUGAAUGACAACGUCGCGUGUGGCUUUUCUGACCUCCCUACCGAGAUCGUCCUGGAGAUUGCGGAGUACCUCAAUCCUAUGUCCAAGCUCUGCUUGGCGUUGACAUAUAAGUCCCUGCAACGCUCACCCCGGUUUCGACUCCAGACGGGAGAAAUGGCCGCGCCGACCCUUAAUGGGAUCUUCGACCUGGAACGCUGGCUGUUGAUGCGGCGGCUGGAGGACUCCCGCUGGCGCUGCUGUCCACGCUGUCUCAAACUUCAUCCUGUCCAUGACUUCUCCGAGACUGAUCUAGCGAUCAAGGCCGAAGAACGGAACUGCAAGUUCGGCCCCAUGGCGGGAACAGUCUUCGUCUGCCCAUGCAAGCAGAUCACUUUUCGGGACAAACUGCGACUCAUCGAUCAGCUCAAGCAGAACUCGAAUCCACCUGCACAAUUGCAGAACGGUCAGAGCUCCUCCUGCUGGCAUCAAUGUACAACCAUGUCCCAGAACCAUUAUCAUCGGUUCCCACAAGUCCAGCUGACCAUCAACCCGGUGUUGGAGAACGGGGACAACUUGGUCCUGGAAGUGGAUUACCAUCUCAUGGGGCUCUACUUCCCACAGGACCUGGCAUUCAUGGGACUGUUACUGUGUCCGCACCGCGCCAUUGAUUGCCACCUGCGCGAUCUUGUCGAUAUCGACCGGGGUGCCCACUGGAGCGAGGGAAUCGUGAAUCCGGAGGACCCGAAAUGGAUCACCUGCAAGUGGUGCCACACGACCAUGACAGACGCCUUCGUCUGCACGAAUCAGCACAAUGAUUACAACGAUCCUCACCAUCUGUGCAUCACGAUUCGGGCCCGCAGACCGCUUGGUCGCGCUGGCAGCUGCGCCGACGAAGUCUGGUAUCACCAGACAGACCUAGCGAAGCAUCGACUCUUCUUCAACAGUGUAAACGGUGCACGCGCACGCGAUCGUGCCCUCUAUCUCGAAAGACGACCGGACAGGAGCUGGGUUCGACCUGGCGGGACCAGAGUGUGA